AUGGCAGGCAAGGACCAAAAUCCUGCCGAUGAUAUUGCCGCUCCAACAAUACCCGGAAAACAUCACAAGGGAGAUAAAAUCUACUCAAUAGUCGAAAUGUCACCAGAUGAACUCCUUGUUGAGUUUCAAGAAGGCUCACCCGAGAGUCCACCGAAUUGGGCAUUUACUAAAAAGAUCUACAACGCGCUCGUGGCCCUAUUCAUUGUUCUCAAUAGCGGGAUAUCAACUGCACUCCCCAGCAAUGCAGUCCCCACUAUCAUGCAGGACUUCAACCAGUCCGGAGACUCGCAAAAGGUAUUACCAACGGCUGUGUUCCUGAUCGGCUAUGUGCUUGGACCUCUUCUUUUCAGCCCAUUGAGCGAGACCAUUGGGCGGAAACCAGUUCUUCUGUGGUCGUUCAGUGUCUUUGUCUUGGCUACGCUAGCUUGUGCUUUUGCACCAAACUGGCCUUCUCUUCUAGUUUUUCGGUCAAUUUGUGGCCUUAUGGGCGCUGCGCCUCAGACAGUCAUCGGUGGUGUUUAUGCGGAUUUGUUUGUUGACUUGCGGAGUCGGGGACGGGCUAUGGCUGGAUACAUGUCGGCGGCGAGCUUUGGCCCAAUUUUAGGGCCUAUUAUCUCUGGAUGUUCUGUCAAAUAUGGCUGGCGAUGGACUUUUCGCAUUGACCUGAUCCUGACUGGUACUACCUGGCUGGCUCUUGUAUUCAUGUCAGAAACAUUCACGCCAAUCCUUCUCAAACGCAAGGCUGCCAAACUACGGAGAGAAACAGGCUUCAAUAAAUACUUCACAAGACAAGAACUGGACUUAGAAUCGAGAUUCACGCCCAUGGAGAUCAUUACCCGCCCUAUUAUGAUGCUUAUUACCGAACCGAUCAUCCAGCAAGCCCCUCAGACAAAGGAGAAGAUGAAUAAAAUUAACAUGGAAUUAACAGGAGUCUACGGAUUUGACGUUGAGAAGACGUCUCUGACUUACAUUCCAAUUGGAAUUGGAGCCGCAACAUCAGGUUUUGCCACUCUCUACUAUGACACAAUAUACGAGAAAGCCAAAAAGCAAGGCAAGGAAUGGACCACAAGCCCCGAACUUCACCGACUGCCCAUGUCCUUUAUCGCCGGUCCUUGCAUUGUGGUCAGCAUGUUCUGGCUCGCAUGGACAGCAAGUUCAAACAUCCACUGGGCCGUGCCCGUAAUGUCCGGCUUGGUCUUCGGAUUCGGAUACCAAAUCAUCUUCAUCUCGCUCUUAACAUAUGUCACCGAUGCAUACGGAAUCUAUUCAGCCAGUGCAUUGGCAGCUUCCGUCAUUGUGCGAAGCAUUGCUGGUGCACUUUUCCCACUGGCUGCUGACCCAAUGUACAACUCGUUGGGAGUAUCAUGGGCUACAUCUCUCCUUGGAUUUAUCAGUCUGGCUUGCAUUCCUAUUCCCUUUGCUCUUUUACAUUGGGGUCCUUUGAUCCGGAAAAGAAGUCCCUUCUGUCAACGACUACUCAGAGACAAAUUGAAAUCCAGUGGAUCGGCCACUCCAGUGGAAGUAUGA